AUGGUGAUGGCAGGCGGCGCUUACUCGGGCGACCGAGAAAGGCAAAGGAAGGCGGCAGCGGCGGCAAUGCUGGCUGCUCGUCGCCCAGUCAGAAGGCCGCGUAAGGCCCGGAGGCGGGUGCUCGCCGUCGCUGCCGGGCCGGGGGAUACCAAGCGGCCGGCGGACACCGGCCGGGUCGAGCUGCAGCGGGAAGGAGGCGCGGUGCGCCCGGCCCCUUGA